AUGGCGUCACUAGUACGAUGUUAUAAAUGUAAAAAAAUGGUAAAUAUAAAGAAAACAGCACUUUGUUCCGCCUGCGAUAAUCGUUAUGAGUUAGAUUGUGAUGGUUACCCCGAAGCAACGUACAAACUCAAAGAUGCUGAAGGUAAAAAAAAUUGGAGAUGCAGUGCUUGCAUUAGAAACAAGAGAUAUAACAAUGGUGACGUCAUCGAGGCAUCCAACGUGACCUUGCGUAAAAAACUAACAAUAAAACCAUCAUCGCCGACUGAACUAUUACAUAGCACAAAGGUGCAACGAUGCCUAGCACCUAAACCCAAUAGCGCACCCAACAGCACAUCAUUGUUUGAUUCGCAAGUACUUAACGACUGUGAAACAUCAGAUGAAUCCUACACUACUCCCAAUAAACUGUCAAGAAGUAUGGACGGAACAAUCUCAGAUCUUAUCUCUAUCUCUGAUAUGAAGGAAACCAUAAAUCAACUCACAAACAAGCUUCAAAGUACAGAAAACGAAAUGGAAAACAUUUCGUUAGAAAACCAGGACCUGCAUAAACAAAUUAAUAAAUUAACUAUAGAAAUUACCACUUUAAAAUCCCUAUGUCAUUCUUCAUUAUAUGAAAGUCCUGUUACCAACAACAAGAAAAUAAAACAUGUUCCCUCAAAGCAAAACAUGUGUUCAACCCCGUCUUCUCCAGUAUCAUCAAGAAGGAGCACCAAAAGUAAUGACAACGAAAUAGUACUAGGAUUGAAACAGAAAAUUCUAUCCUUGGAACAGCAAUUAGAGGCUGCUCAAAAGGAAAUCACCGCUCUCACUGAACGCAUCGAUCUUAUAACUACUACACCAGUGCCGCCGCCGCCGGGAACUACACUGGUGCCGCCACCGCCGCUGGGAACUACACUGGUGACGCCGCCGCCGCCGGGAACUACACUGGUGAUGCCGCCGCCGCCGGGAACUACACUGGUGACGCCGCCGCCGGGAAAUACACCGGUGACGCCGCCGCUGCGUCUUCGGUCUCCGAAGCACAAAAUACACAUGAUAAGUAGCGAAAUCUCAAAUAGGUUAUAUAAUAUUAUUGAAAAGGCUAAUUUACAUAAUAGUGAAAUAUGUCAUUACCGUAUGCCUAAAUGUGGUCUGAAGGUUUUACUGGACGGUAUUGAUAAAAAAGUAGAAAACUUCACAUACUCUGAUUUUUGUAUUAUUUAUAUUGGUGAAGAGGAUUUCCGUAGAACACAUAAUUAUAUAAAUCUUGUUACAUUUAUCCGCGAAAUACUUAUGCCAUUGCAACACACUAAUUUUAUUAUAUGCCUACCGACAUUUAAAUAUAUGGAGCACACAAAUGUAAUGUUUAAUAGCCGAGUGGAUACAUUUAACAACUUGCUAUGUUUGGAUGUGGAAACAUAUAAUUAUGCGUAUGUUUUAGACUCCAAUUAUAAUUUGCCUUACACUCAUGAUACAUACAAUUUAUUUGGAAAUCUUAAUUAUAAGGGCAUAAGAGUUGUGAUAUCAGAUCUAGUAGAUCUUAUUUUGUAUGUAAGCACAUUAACAAUAGAUCAAGUGGAGGCUGACUGCUCCCAAAAGGCUCAAUCGCUCUGUUUCUCAAACACCCAAACACAAGAGGAAUCUCGUUUUUUUCUAUAA